GCAAAGCGAAGGUGCGGGCCGGGGUGGGCCUCGCGGAGACAAAGGCCAGGCCUGCCUGCUCUCAGAGGGCGCAGCUCUGGGCCCCAGCCCCUGCCAAGAGGAAGUCCUCGAGGCCCGGGCAGGGAAGGGGGCACGGGCUUCCCAGGGCCCGCCGGCCGCAGCAGGGAGUUGGCCAGGGCACGGCCAUGAGCGGAGCGGGCAGGGCUUUCUCAGGAGCGUGGGCGAGGCCGGCCCUGGAGGGGCGAGGACCGGGUAUAUGAAGCCUCGUGGCCUUGCCCGGGCAGCCGCAGGUUCCCCGCGCGCCCCGAGCCCCUGCGCCAUGAAGCUCGCCGCCGCCCUCCUGGGGCUCUGCGUGGCCCUGUCCUGCAGCUCCGCUGCUGCUUUCUUAGUGGGCUCGGCCAAGCAUGUGGCCCAGCCUGUCGCUGCGCUGGAGUCGGCGGCGGAGGCCGGGGCCGGGGCCGGGACCCUGGCCAACCCCCUCGGCACCCUCAACCCGCUGAAGCUCCUGCUGAGCAGCCUGGGCAUCCCCGUGAACCACCUCAUAGAGGGCUCCCAGAAGUGUGUGGCUGAGCUGGGUCCCGAGGCCGUGGGGGCCGUGAAGGCCCUGAAGGCCCUGCUGGGGGCCCUGACAAUGUUUGGCUGAGCCGAGACUGGAGCAUCUACACCUGAGGACAAGACGCUGCCCACCCGCGAGGGCUGAAAACCCCGCCGCGGGGAGGACCGUCCAUCCCCUUCCCCCGGCCCCUCUCAAUAAACGUGGUUAAGAGCA